AUGGAAACGCACGUGGAUGAUGACAUUCAGUAUUUCGCGGAUCUGGAUGACGAGGGCAAGCUGCGGUCCCUCGUGACAAGACUACUUUUCCUCACGCCACCAACCGAGCACUGGCCGGAGGAAAAUGAAGACGGGGACGCAACGCCCGUGAUUCACGGAAAAAGAAAAAAGAUGACGGUGCUGACGGAGGACCUCGGUUCCCCGGAUCUGCGGGCGAUGAUAGCUGCGGGGGAGAAAUCCCGCGCGGCGGCAGCAGCAGCAGUGAAGGAAGGUGUGGGGACCACUGGUACAACUGGCGCAGCACCUGCCGUUGUUCCUCUGCCAAAGACAAGCAGCAGUAGCAGCAGCAGCACCGCCAUCAAGCCCCGAGGACCGUAUCACCAACGCGAGUUCGCACAGCCGACUUACUUCGACCAGCCAUUCAAACGGCCGGGACCCGGCCUGCCGAUCGGCACUGCGCCGGGGCAGUCGGUGA